AUGGGCUCAUUACUUUGUACUGCCAAAGCCAAACCAUCUAAAUCCGAUCAGCCCAAAUUUGAUCAACUCAAAAUCGAUCGACCCGAACUUGCCAAACAUGAUUCAUCCAUACUCGAUCUUGCCUUUGCCAUGGAUUGUACUGGUUCGAUGGGCUCAUACAUAGCCAGUGCAACACAAAAUAUUCGUUCUAUUGUUGAAGCCAUUGUUACGAGUGAAAAGAGUGAUGUUCGUUUAGCACUCGUCGAGUAUCGAGAUCAUCCACCUCAGGAUACGACAUUUGUCACACGUGUACACGAUUUCACCAAUAAACCCAGUAAGAUGAAAAGUUGGCUAGAGCAAUGUUCAGCAAAUGGUGGUGGUGAUGCACCAGAGGCUGUUGCUGACGCUCUCCAUGAUGUUCUAAAACUUUCAUGGCGUGCCGAAGCUACUAAAAUCUGUAUUCUAAUUUCCGAUGCCCCACCACAUGGACUUGAUUCAAGUGGUGAUGGCUUUCCUAAAGGAUGUCCUUGUAAACUGAAUCCAUUAAAAAUUGUUCAGAAUAUGGCUGAAAAAACCAUUACAUUGUAUACAGUUGGUGUCGAACCACCUAUCAUUCCCUAUCGCGAUUUUUUCAUGACAUUGGCUUAUAUUACUGGUGGACAGUAUGUUCCAAUGGUCAAUGCUCAACUUUUAGCACAAGUAAUCAUCGGUGGAGUACGAGAAGAAAUCUCGUUAGAUCGUUUAAUGCAAGGUGCACAAGAAGAUAUUGAUCGUGAAAUGCAACGAGCCGAAGCGGAAGGAGUUGAUGACGAAGAAAAAGCGAAACGAUUGAAUCAAAUUUUUGCUUCGAAGAAUAUGCAUUGUCAUCAGAUGAAAAAUGAUACUGGAACAAUGUCCAAGACGGUCACCGAUGUUUAUUCAAAAAUGAGUAGUAUGACCGAAAUACGAACUCAUUUCAUGUCCAAACCAAAGGCAACGUUUGAUUAUAGUACAGAAGAAGAAGAAGAAGAAGAAGAAGAAGAAGAAGAAGUCAAGAAGGCAGCGGAUAUGACUUAUGAUCUAACGGAAAAUGCAGAUGUAAGCAUUGCACAAUCAAAACGUCUUGUUAAAAAAUGGCAGCAUCGAAAGAAAUAA